ACAUAACUCAGGCUGUGAAAUUGAAUUCAGUGGCUACAGAAUAGUUCUAAAAGGAGGAAUACCGUUGCGACAUCUAGACAAAUGAAGAGCUAUAUCUGUGACAAUCCGAGACAUGACCGCUAUCUGCACGCUUUGCAUGGGCAUUGCCAAAGAGAUCCAUCUGGCGACGACGUUGUCUACCCGGCAAGCCAAAUGAUGCAUGAUGUAUUAUGAUUUGGGCGUAGAUUCGGUCUACGUAUUUUUAGUGUUGUUGCAGCCGCGGAGUGGCUGUCAGCAUCAGCACCCCUCCUUCUCUGGAUGCAGAUUGGGCUACCGGAAGGAUGCUGCGGUGGGGAGGAAGCGAGAGGAUUAUUUUGUGUCGAAACCGUAGGUUGUCAGGUUACAAUCUGGUCCGUCAUUUUAAUUUUUAUCUUUUCGUCGUUUAAAUUUUAUAUAUAGAGCUGCCAUGUUCCCAUCUUGUAACUCUAAGCCAGGGGACAGCGGCACCAAAAGGAGCUCCAUCGCUAAGCUGCUGCUCGGGGUUUUUGUGGUUUAUAUUCUCCACACCGUGUGGCUGUUGUACGGCUUCCUCAACACUAAACCCUGCGAGAGAAGCAGAGGGGAACACUGCAUCGCCUCAUACCUGGCAGCAAGACCCAGGCUACAGCUGAGUGUCUUCACAUGCCUUGUGCCAGACAACAGCCAACUACACCUUGCUGUAAAAAUAGACCCAUUUGACCCAUACUCUACUUUUGAAAGGCAGGUGAACGUCUCUGUGCCAGAGGAGACUCGCGCUAAUGGCACUCUGUAUGCAGUCGUGUACGUUCACAGAGUUGGUGUUUCACCUCUGGAGGACAGAAGAGAGGUCCACUAUGCUGCUCAGCUCACCACCUACAUCAAUCCCACACCCACAGAGGGGCAGAGAGAUGGACAGAAGAAGCAGAGUGCCAGAUCGGAGCAUCCUGUUUCCCACUGGAGACCUUACUUGUCAAUCUCGAUGAUGUCAGAGGACUUCACCUUCAGUAAGGCGGGGCUUCCUAGUGAUGUGCGGCGCUAUAUGAGAAUCUCUCAGGAUGGCCGACAGAUGAUCUACCUCCCUCUGCUGCUGAUAAACGAGCUCAGCUUUAGAGUUAGAGACCUCAUGGAGAUCAGCAGCAGCACUAUUCAACUCCCUCUGACUGUGUCCUAUGAGGGAAUCUCUUUGAGGAGAUUCAGGUUCUGGGUACAUCUUCAGGACGUGGUUUACUCCCUCAGACAGUUUGGCUUCACAGAAGAGAACGUAGAUGAGAUUAAAGAAACUUUGGCGGAUUCAAACCUCUAUCUGUUAGUGCUGACUGCACUCAUCACAGCUCUACAACUCAUCUGUGAAUUCCUGGCUCUUAAAAAUGACAUCAGCUCAUGGAGGAAAAAGAAGAGCAUGGUGGGAAUGUCCAGGAAGUCAGUUAUGUGGCGUAGUCUGAGCACGCUGCUGAUUUUUCUCCAUCUGCUGGAAGAGACCAGUCUACUUGUGUUGCUUCCUGUGGGACUGGGAGCAUGCGUGGAGGUCUGGAAGGUGUUUAAGGUGUUUAACAUCCAAUUUCAAUGGAAAAGCCCUAGGCUUCAUGUGAAAAAGCUAGACGAAGAAGAAAGAAAGACUGUGGAGUAUGACACACAGGCAUCAAGAUACUUGUCCUACUUGGUCUAUCCUCUGUGUAUCAGUGGAGCUAUUUUCUCUCUGGCCUACUUACGUCAAAAGAGUUACUACUCCUGGUUAAUCAACAGCCUGGUGACUGGAGUAUAUGCCCUUGGCUUCCUGUCUAUGGCCCCACAACUCUAUAUCAACCACAAGCUCAAGUCUGUGAGCCACCUGCAGGGCACUGUGCUGAUGUACAGAGGAGUGAACACGCUGAUCUCAGAUCUGUACUCCUGUGCCUCCUUCUUCUCCUCCUCUGCUUCCUUCUCCUCCUCUCAUCAGCUGUCCUGCUUCAGAGACGAGCUCCUCUUCUUCCUCUACCUGUAUCAGCGACGGCAUUACGCCUCCAAGACCAGAAGACGAGAGUCUGGAUCCCACAGCAAGAAACUGAAGACUCAUUGAGGAAAAGACUAUUCUUAUCCCUUAUCUUUCCUGGAUAAAAAAUGCACAAAAGCACACAGAAGCUUAUCUAUGAAAAAAGUGAAUGUGGAUUAAUUAAGAUGUGACAUGAAGAUUCAGGCAGAACACUCAGACAGUCUAUGUGUGACACAGCAGCUUCAGACUGAUCCAGGAUCAGCUGUUCCACAUCUGAGUCUUCAUUGAAAGCUACUCCUGCUUUCUGUCCAGCAUCAUGAAGCGUCUCCUUUACCGCUGCAGUAACUGAAAUCUGCAGAAUCCCUCUGCUGUACACCUUACGCUGGAAUCCAAUUCAAGAAAAAUACUUUUGAUUUUUCUUCCUGCAUACAAGCUGAAAGUUUUCCCUGGUCUAUUGCGAAACAUAUACAUAAUAUACUCUGUUUACUUCAUAAAUAAAGGUAUUAAAUGUUUCAGAAACAUGACAACAUUUAAAAAAUGGCAUUUAAAUGAAUCUUUCUGCAUACAAAAAGGGAAAUGUUUCAUGUUUCUAGGGGUAUGUCUUUGCAUCCAAAGAUUAUCCUGCAUUAUUCCUCAAACUUAUCAUAACGUUUGCUUUCUUGGAAACCUGAUCCUGACUUGAAUUCAAAAUAAUGUCCUUGGUUUGAAACAUUGCAUGGCUUUGCUGUCAGGAUGAGUCCUGCAUGGGUCAGAGCUGCAACCUCAAGCACUUUUUACUCUUCUACCGCUUUAAUCUAUCUGAAGUGUCGAUCAGUGCGGUCUAAAAUGUUACCGGAAGAAGCUUUUGUUUGACACUGUUCAGUCCUGUACAGUUUCUUUAAGACUGAUGUUGCAGUGAGAGAUGACACUGUCGGCAGAAAGUUGUCACUUACUGCUAAAAUCCCAAAGGCAUGUGUCAGUGAGAUCCCUGCAAGGCAUUUUCACUUCCAACGUUCAGACGAGCUGCUUGAUUGAAGGUUUAGGGAUCAAUAAACCUUUUACAGACUUUUAUGUUUUUUCCUCUAUAUUUUAAUUUAAUGUGUGUGUUCUGAGGUGUGGAGGCAAAAAUCUGUCA